AUGGCUUCCAGACGGCUUGCUUAUCAGUUCAACCAGGCUCUGCGCAGUCGCGCUGCCUUGAAGAGCAUCCAGCCGGUGAAGCGCGGCUUUGCUACACCUGUCGGCGUGCCCUCCAGGACACAGUCGACUACUCUGUCGAACGGUCUCACCAUCGCCACCGAACACAACCCCUACGCUGCCACCAGCACGGUAGGCGUCUACGUCGACGCCGGAUCCCGUGCCGAAACCGACAAGACCAAUGGAACCGCUCACUUUUUGGAACACCUGGCCUUCAAGGGCACCAACAAGCGCACUCAGAGCCAGCUUGAGUUGGAAAUUGAAAACAUGGGCGGUCACUUGAAUGCCUACACCUCGAGGGAAAACACUGUCUACUACGCCAAGUCCUUCAACUCCGAUGUGCCCAAGGCUGUCGAUAUCCUCGCCGAUAUUUUGCAAAACUCGAAGCUCGAGGCCUCUGCCAUCGAGCGUGAGCGAGACGUCAUCCUGCGCGAAGCUGAGGAGGUUGAGAAAGUGACUGAGGAGGUUGUCUUUGACCACUUGCACGCCACCGCCUACCAGGGCCAGCCCCUCGGUCGCACCAUUCUCGGCCCCAAGGAGAACAUCCAGAGCAUCCAGCGCGACGACCUCACCAACUACAUCAAGACCAACUACUUGGCCGAGAAGACCGUUCUUGUUGGUGCUGGAGGUAUCGAGCACGAUGCUCUUGUCAAGCUUGCUGAGCAACACUUUGGCAGCUUGCCUACUGCUCCCCCAACGACCUCUUCCGCUCUCCUUGCUGCCGAGCAGAAGCGCAAGCCUGAAUUCAUCGGUUCCGAGGUUCGCAUUCGUGACGAUACCAUCCCAACUGCUCACAUUGCUCUCGCCGUUGAGGGUGUCAGCUGGAGCGAUGACCUGUACUUCACCGGUCUCCUCACUCAAGCCAUUGUGGGCAACUGGGACCGCACUAUGGGCAACUCUCCUUACCUUGGUGGCAAGCUCAGCAACUUUGUCUCCCACAACAACCUUGCCAACAGCUUCAUGAGCUUUUCUACCAGCUACAGCGACACUGGUCUCUGGGGUAUCUACCUUGUGAGCGAGAACCUCACUCAGCUCGACGACCUCAUCCACUUCACUCUCCGUGAAUGGUCUCGUCUGUCGUUCAAUGUCACCGAAGCCGAGGUUGAGCGUGCCAAGGCUCAGCUGAAGGCCUCUAUCCUCUUGUCUCUCGAUGGCACCACCGCCGUUGCCGAAGACAUUGGCCGCCAGAUCAUCACCACCGGCCGCCGCUUGAGCGCCGAAGACGUCGAACGCACCAUUGGACAACUCACCGCCAAGGAUGUCAUGGAAUUUGCCCAGCAAAAGCUGUGGGACAAAGAGCUUGCCAUCAGUGCUUUCGGAAACGUUGAGGGUAUGCUCGACUACCAGCGUAUCACCAACGACAUGAGCCGUAACUUGGCUUAA